ACGAAUUUGUAAGUUUUUCAGGAGUGGACACAAGAACACUUGUUUGUAUUAGCAAAUUGAAUUAGAAGGGCCUGUCCUGAGGCCAUUCUUUGUGAUUUGUUCUUGUUUUCGUGGUUGGCGCGUUCAAGGUGUUGCCCGCGACUUCAAACUGACUGGCGGACGCACCACACGAGAUCAUUGGCGCUGUUUUGCCCGGAGAUAGUCUGCCAGUUGUGCUGUCACUAAGACCUGUAGGCAUCUGGCUUCACGAUCCGGUUGUACCAGCAGUUACCACGAUUCCGCAGCUUUCCGUUGCUCCCGAAUCGUGCUUUCUCAGCUGUACGCUUCCUUGUUUUUAUGUGUGCAGGUGUAUCAAGUGCAUACAGCGACUACCUGCCAAUUUGCCGUUCUGGAUCUAUAGGUGGACGGCCCGCUGUCGCGAGGCCUUAGCGUAACAAAAAGAUUCAGUGUACCGCUGAGUUUUUUUGAUUUCCACAUUUGUCGUCGGGCUUGUCUUUGUCACCUCAGCGUGCGGGAUCUCCCCGUCACAUUUUAUUCUUGUCGUUCCAAAGCGUUUUAUUUUAUGGUGACCCUGUCGGCUACGACCAUGAAUGCGACGGUGUCACCAUGUCGGAUCUCCGGAGGUGUUUCCUCGAGACUAUGCGGUUGGGGUGUUCUCAGCUUUCUGCUUGCAUCCGUUAUUACGGUGCAGGUUUCUAGAGCAGGCGAGGAAAAGGAAGAACCCAAGGCCGUCGUGAGAUUGGACUACAAGCCUCCGAAUUUCUACCUUGAAGACAUCGUUUUGGACUUCAACUUGGACGACGAAGACACAACUGUCGAAGCUCUCCUGACUCUUUACCGUCGCGCCGGCACCGAACCAAUGAACCUUGUCCUCGAUGGAGAUGAGAGUGUGAUCUUGAAGAGCAUCUCUUUGGCGACUACCUCGUCACCCUCUCUGCGUGGUCAAGGUCGUGUCACCUUCACCGAACUGGACGGGCAAAUGCCCACGGACAGCCAGUUUCAGUUUCGCAUUGUUGAUGGUAACCUGAUGGUGUCGAAAUUCCUUCUGCCCAGGGAAGCAGAAGUACGCUUCUACAUCAGAACUCUGGUGUCCAUCAACCCCAAGGCGAACCUGGCACUCUUCGGUCUCUACAAGGCGGGUGAUAUUUUCGUCACUCUCAACGAACCCUCGGGAUUCCGCAGAAUCACCUACGGCGUCGAUCGACCCGACGUCCUGGCUACCUACACGGUUACCGUGACUGCCCCUCGUCACCUCCCGAUUCUCCUGAGCAAUGGAGACAAAGUGCUUUCUGGAUAUGCCGGAGAAAAUCGCCACUUUGCGAAGUUCGUGGACCCAUUCCCGAAGCCCUCUUACCUUUUUGCGUUGGUUGCUGGUGACUUCGCGUCAGUCAGUGGCGAAUUUGUCACGAUGUCUGGACGCAGCGUGACCGUGACGAUAUACGCGCAGCAUCACCAGAGGAAUCAACUCCAAUGGGCUCUUCGUUCCCUGUUGCGGGCGAUGCGCUGGGACGAAGAGACAUUCGGCAGAGAGUACCAGUAUUCGGAGUUCCGUGUGUUGUGCGUCGAAGUCUUCAACCCUGGCGCGAUGGAAAACACGUCACUCAACAUCUUCACGUGCAGUCUUUUGCUUGCCGAUCCCAAGCUCACCACGGAUGCUGACCACCGGCUGAUUGUCGAUGUCGUCAGUCACGAGUACUUUCACAACUGGACUGGAAACCGCGUUACUGUCCAGGAUUGGUUCCAGCUGACUCUGAAGGAGGGUUUGACGAUGUUCCGCAACAACAGCUUCACUGAGGAAACGACGUCGCGAGCGAUGAAGAGAAUUGGAGAUGUCGCCGAUAUCCUCAGCAUCCAGUUCCGCGAAGAUAGUGGUCCCUUCGCGCAUCCGAUUCGUCCCGAAACGUACAAGUCGAUUGAGAAUCUCUACACCCGAACAGUCUACCUGAAGGGUGCCGAGGUUAAUCGCAUGUACCGAACAAUGUUGGGGCCGAAGGGCUUUCGCAGAGGGAUGGAUUUGUACUUCAAACGUCACGACGGAAAGGCGGUGACUUGCGACGACUUGCGCGCCGCGAUGGCAGACGCGAACGACAAAGAUUUGAGCCAGUUUGAAAGGUGGUACUCUCAGGCCGGGACUCCACAUGUCACCGUCAGCAGUUUUAUCUACGACGCAGCGGAGCGAAAGAUGCAUUUGACGCUCAAGCAACACACCCCGCCGACGCCGGGACAGGACAAGAAACUCCCUCUCCAGAUUCCCGUCGCUGUUGGAUGUAUUGGCAAAACGAGCAAACGAGAUGUGCUUUCCCCACCGACUCAAAUUCUCGAACUAACGGAAGAGGAGCAAGCGUUCGUGUUGGUCGACGUCGGAGAAGACUGCGUGCUCUCUGUUCUGCGCGACUUUUCGGCGCCCGUCAAGCUCAUCCAGCCCCUCCAGACAGACGAGGACUUGGCAUUCCUGGUGACGUACGAUUCAGACAAUGUCAACAGGUGGCAAGCGGCACAAACGCUCUCGCGCAAAGUGUUGCUCACGCGCAUUUCCGAGUACCAACAGAGAGUGGAAGAAAUCGAGGAGGGACGUGUGAGUGAGAGCGACUUGUUUUCCAAGCUUCCCACCCAGUACGUGCAGACCGUUCGCGAUAUUGUGAUCGCCCCUGAAUCCUCCAUGGGCAAAGACAUCAAGUCUCUGCUGCUGAGUCUGCCGACAAAAGCGCAGCUGGAACUGGCAGUCGACAGCAUCGAUCCCGACGCCAUCAAUGCAGCCUUGGCAUCCGUCAGGAGAGACAUCGUCGAUGCCUUGGGGGAAGAGAUGCUGCAGCUGUACACGGAGCUCACGCUACCGGCAGGCACCGAGGAGUCUGGAGCUGACAUCGAGCACUGGGGCAGACGCGCUCUCCGGAACGAGCUCUUGCGGUUCCUGACUGCGUCAUUUGACCAGAAGUCGGCGAAACUCGCUUCUGCCCACUUCGACCGUGCCAUGGUCAUGUCUGACAAAGUUGCGGCGUUGACUGUGCUCACGGAAAUUCCAGGACAAGAAAGGGAUGAAGCUUUCGAGCGUUUUCGCCAGGAAGUCGCCGGCAACGCGGUGCUGAUGGAGAAGUGGAUGAGCCUGCAAGCGAUGUCGGCUGCGGCAGACACGCUGGAGCGGGUCGCGCAACUGCGCCAGCACAGCGCGUUUCACCCGUUUAUCCCCGGUUCCGCGUACUCUCUCUUCGGCACUUUCAGCUCGUCCAGUCCGCAGUUCCACAGCAAGACUGGCGCAGGCUAUGCCUUGGUUCUUGAUUUUCUGACGAUGAUCGACGAGCACAACUCGCUGGUGUCUUCCCGGAUCGCUGGCGUGGCGUUCGCGAACUGGAAGCGAUUCACUUCUCCACGAAGGGAGAUGCUGAAGGAAGUGCUGAAGAAGCUGCUCAAGAAGGAGAAGCUCUCUGUCGGUCUGAAAGAAGUCCUGGAGAAGGCCCUUGCCGGGGAAGACGACUGACCCAGGGAGAGCGGGAAACGAGAUGUUUCAGGAUUUGUAAAGAAACCGGUCGCUUCGCAGUGUUGCGGCGUUUCUUUGCGGAGCAUGUAAAGAAGUCUGACACACAGUUCUACGGAGUUUCUGUGCCCCCCGAACGGUGCUUGUACAGAAUUUGUGUCAUUCCUUCGCGCUUGUGGAGCUGAAGGACGCUCCGCGUUGUUCUGCAGGGGGUGGUGGAAACGGAAAGCCCGACCCCUGGAGUGGAUGUACACUACAUGUAUCACAGGUGCACUCGCGUCGCAUCUCAGCUGAGAGCGGACGCGAGUGUUUUUUAUCGAACCGCUGCCGAGCAGUUGGGAAACAAAUGUUCAGUCUUAGCUGUUUGUCGACGUCAUGCUCGCUAAAUGGGAGAACCCGGAAAAAAAGAGGCACAUGAUGCCUCCGUUUUA